AUGGCGCCUUUUGCUCUCUUCACCCAUCGCAGCUUUCGACGCGGUCAAUCGACUUCGGCGUCUGAAUCUGCCACUGCUCAGCAGAAGACAGCCAUGGGUGGCAUGCCGUCCAAGGCUGCCACGAACGUCAAUGAGGCACCGCACAAGAGAUUGAGACCUCGAUCGUCAUCCAUGCAUCUUCUCAAGCGCAAUCGCGACCCUUCUGGACACCCUCCGGCACGCACUCCGACAGUCACCCAACCUCUGGCCAGUGCGGAUACGACGACCAUCGAAGUCUCCGAGUCAGAAGCAGAUUAUACCGGAAUAUCUCUUGCACGCCGCUCAGACUCGCAGUCGACCGUCAAGACACUCAGCGAUUCUGUCCACUCCAAUCGCUACGAACCCGCCAAACAUGACAGCUUUGAGUCGGAUGCCAGUUCAACAAGAACAGCUACUCGCGUGACCCGACCAUCCGAGGCACUUCUAGUCCUUGGUGCAGACGACGAACCAAACGGCAUGAGCACGCCUGUACCACCUCACUUACCCAAGACACCUCAGAUCCAACUUCCUACUCCUCCAUUCUUGACUGAAGACAGCCCUACCAAGUAUGGUUUGCGCGUGACUCACUCUCCCUCGCCCGAUCGUUCCAUGGUAGCCAAGCAACGACAGAAAAUGACGGGUGCUAGACUUUUUGUGGUAUGUGACACUGUCAUCCGUUUCUUUCUUGCACAACCACUGACNACAGACUUAAAGCAUGCCGCUACUCAGCAAAGGUCCACAACCCUGACACUGCCAAUCGACCAAGCAAGGUUGGGUGCCACAGACCCUACACAAUCAUUCGCCCACAGUUCGCCGUCUCUGCCCAUGUCCGACAGAACGAAAUUCAUGCGUGAUCAGUCAAACUCAUUGCCAAGUCGUAAACUUCAAAUCAAGCCCAACCAGCCCUUCAAAGAUGCACCUCAAGAACAUGUCGCCCACGCACUCCCACUACGAACUUCGCAAAAGACAUGCUAUCGAGAGCACGACAUUUGGCAGCGUAUGGGCUCCAACUACAGAUAUCCAGUCACAUGUGCCAUCUGCGAUGGGUACGAGCCGCCUGGCGACGACUUCAUGACCUGCUUAUGGUGUGAGGUUCACGUUUGUGGACAGUGCUACGCGGCAUUUGUGAAGAAUGGAUUGGCGGGCAUGAUGGAAAGACAGCGCAAAAGAUGA